CACUGACUGGGUGUGUGGACAGGUUGGACUGGUUCUGACGUCUCUCUGACUCUGAAGUUAUGAACUGUGACGGCGUCUUCAGAUCAAAUGCACAUCGACACCAGGACUGACGAGGGCCAAUGAGCAGCUUGUUCUCUCCCAGUGUUUCCUCGACACAUGAAGGAGGAAAGUGUCUGUAAACUGACCUGAAGAGACUUCAGCAGUGAACUAUGGAACAGUUUAUUGAAGACUCCAGCCUCGAGGACUGGAAGGUGAUUGGCUCCGGAGGUUUCGGACAAAUCUACAAAGCCAGGCAUCGUCAGUGGGCCUUUGAUGUGGCCAUUAAACUGCUUCGUUAUGACGACGGGACCAAUGCAUCUUUGCUGCGUGAGAUCAAGAGGAUGCAAGAAGCAAGCAGUCCGCAUGUUAUUCGUGUCCUAGGGGUCUUCAAGGGUCUACCGUCAAACACCAAGUCUGGCUUUUCAAAACAGCUUGGUGUGGUCAUGGAGCUCAUGGAGAGAGGAUCACUGGCCUCCCUACAGCUUACAGAUUUUGGCCUUUCCCGGAUUACCUACAGCGUCACACAGGUUUCCAAGAAGGACGAUAAAGAGGGAGGGGGGACGACCAACUACAUGCCCCCGGAGGCGUUUGGCUUAACAUACAAACCUAAACGAGCCUUUGAUAUUUACAGUUAUGCAAUACUCAUUUGGUCCAUUGUCACAGGGAAACAACCAUAUGGAAAUGCACAGCCCACCAGAGUGGAGCUCCUCAUCCCGGAGGGACAGCGUCCACUGCUGGACGAUAUCAAGGGCGAUGCUCUGGGGUUGGCAGAAUUGACAGGACUGUUGCAGAGAUGCUGGGACAAUAAACCGGAACAAAGGCCUCGAGCCCUUGAGUGUACAACUGAGACAGAACAUCUAUAUAAGAUGCACAAAGAUGCAAUUUUUGACGCUGUCCAUGAAGUGCAGAAGAAACUGGACCAAAAGGCAAAAGAAAAAAGUCAUGACACAGCAGGUUCAGAGGGAUCAAAUCACUGGGGCUUCAGCGGAGGAGAUCCAAAAGUCCCUGAGUGGAGUGAAGCUGUCUGCUGAUCCACCCCAGAGUGAAAUGGACACUCUCAGGGUGGACCAGGGUGGAGAGCAGGGGUUAAGACUUCGUCUGAUGAAGUAUGUCUGUGAACUGGAACUGGACACAAACACAGUACAGAGAUACCUCAAACUGUCUGACAACAACAGGAAGGUGACACGUGUGGAGGAGCUUCAGUCAUAUCCUGAUCAUCAGACAGAUUUAACUACUGGCCUCAGCUGCUGUGUAGACUGGUCGCUGUUACUGGGAGGUCGAGAGGAGAGGAGUGGUUGAUAUAUCAGUGUGUUAUAGAGGAAUCAGCAGGAGAGGAGAGAGUGUAGACUGUAAGUUUGGAUGUAAUGAUCAGUCCUGGUAUCUGAACUGCUCUGAAGAAGAUGGUAGUUACUCUGUCUGGUACAAUAAGAAACACACAUACAUCAACACCUCCUCCCCCUCUUCUGACAGAGUAGCAGUGUAUGUGGACAUUCCUGCUGGCACUCUGUCCUUCUACAGAGUCUCCUCUGACUCACUGAUCCACCUCCACACCUUCAACACCACAUUCACUCAAUCUCUUUAUCCUGGGUUUAUGGUCUGGUCUGGUUCCUCAGUGUCUCCGAGUCCUCUGCAGGACUAAGAGUCUCUCCUGGGGACAGAAACACUGACUGAAGAUCAGCUGCUGAAAUCAAAGUUCAGUCUGUUUACCAUCACACACACUCUGCACUGUGAAGAAGAUCUGAGACUCAAACACAAAAACAUUCAUCUGAUUUCAUCUCUGGGAUUAUCAACGGCCAAAAUCUAUACGUUUCAUCUUUAGGGCUAUCAUUUGUUUAUUUGAUCAUAUCAUGAUUUCAUUCAUCAGUUGACUCUCUUUACUGAGAUUGAUACAACCCCCCCCCCAAUAAUCAAAAACUAUGUGACUCAGUGCAGCCUACUCCAAAAACCUAUUAUAUUUUCUUUACAUACAUAAAUACAUUUGCACCAUAAAUGAAUGCAGAAAAGGCAAAACUUGUGCAGAAAAAUAAACCAGAAUGCAGAAAAAAGUGUUUGAUGUUCAAAACUCUCCCAAUGUUGAACCCAAAGUUCCCCUGUUGGGUUCAACAUCAUCAGUAUUCAGCCUGAGGUGGAUCUUUGCCUCACAAAGUCAUAAUUAUGACUUUCCAUGAGUAUUUUACUAAUGUUCCUAACACUUGAUUCAUUCUGUGUUGUUAGUUUUCUCCUGUUGGUCUCUUUCAUACUUUUGCUCAACUUGCUCAUCAGUGUUGUGCAUGAACGCGCUAAAAGUUAAU